CUCCAUCUCUGUUAGAUUCAACACACGGUAAGCCUUUCUCCACGAAUUCGCCUCUGCAACAGUAAUUUCUGGUUGUUUUGUUUUGUAAUUCCGAUAACUAUUGGUCUGUAGUUGGUGAAGAAUGGAAGAAGAGCCGUUGCCUAAACGUAUGUUCUGUACUGGGUUUGAGCCAUCUGGAAGGCAUAGGGUGAAUAACUACUUUAAUCUGCGGUGGAUUGAGAACAUAAAGCAGGCGCUUUCGGAUGCUGAUAAUGAGCGGUUGUGUAACUCGCAGUUUGGUUCUUUGAUGUUGACGGGGAACCACACAUUCUCUGUAAUGUUUGUGCAUUACCUCCUUUCGAGGCAGUUGGUGACCAACAAGAAGUAUGAGUUGUGGUGGGUGUUUGCGGGUAAGCCAAUUAGAUAUGCCAUUGAGGAUUUUGCUCUUGUAACUGGUCUCAAUUGUGGGAAGACUGGAUUUAAGCCCGAUAGGGGCAGGGGAAUAGCUGUAAGGAGAGGAGCGCAUUUGAAGACUGCUUUGUGGAAAUCUCUAUUCGGCAAUCUUGCUAAGCCUACAACAACAUGGAUUCUGGAGAAGUUGCUUUUAGGGAAAAAAUACAAAGAUGAUGAGACACGUUUCAGACUUGCGUUGUUGCUUCUGGUGGAUGGCAUUCUUUGUCCUACUUGUGCAAAGACAAACAUCAGUCCAAAGCAUGUUGCAAUGGUAGGUGAUAUUGAAGUAUUUCUGAAGUAUCCAUGGGGGCGUGAAUCUUUUUUAAAGACUGUUGUGAGUGCAAAGGCGCGGACUGCUAGACAGUUAGUGAAUGAGACAUGUGCCAUUCAAGGUUUCUCUCAUGCUCUAGUGGUUGUAACUGUUGCGUGUUGUCCAAUGAUCAUCCGAAGCCCUUCUGUUGGGCUUAACAUUCAUGAUCCUGCAGUUCCAAUUAGAGACAUUGUUCAGAAUGUUAUUGAAAGGAGUUUAUGUAUCAAUGUCCACAAUGCCCGUAUGGUUGAUCAAACAGGCCAGGCCCGAGUUACAUCCAUUCUGAAUGAAGAAAACCAGGAGGAGGUGUUGGAUCUGUCCUUCUCUGAUGAAGAAGAUGAUGAAGAAGUAACACAUCUUGUUCAGUUGGUGCAUGAUGACCAUCCCUUUGAACAUAAUACUUGGACUGGUGGUAGGGAUGCUGCUGCGAUUGAAGCUGAGCCUAGUGAGCCUGUAAUGACAGAAGUCGAUGGAGAAGAUGUGUAUGUAUCAGUACAUGCGCUUAUAAAAGAAACAACAGAUGCGGUUGAAGAACGCUAUCUCAGGCUUCAUCAUAUUGACAAGAUGGAAAUGAAGGGGUACAUUGAUUCUGCAAUGUCAGAUUUAAAGAAAGACAUUGCUGUAUUGAUUGAAGCUUCUGGUUGUGAAUGCAAAAAGAGGAUGCCUAUUGAAGAAACUGAACCUGAAGGAUUUGAGGUUCCUCAGACUGGAGCUGUUGGGGAUAAGGAACCCGGAUCUGCUGGUUCUUCUAAGAGUCGAAAGAAACCAUCGCAGUCUAGUGUUACCCGGAGUAAGAGUAAGACAAAUAAGAAGCCUAGGGUUGGAGGCUCAGUAACGCAACUUCCCAGACCUGAGAAGGAGCCCCGCAAGAAGGUUGUGGAGGAAGAAGCUGGGGACGCUGAGAUGUCUGGAUUAGAAGAAAUAGCUCCACCUACAUUCUCAGUUGGUCUAACCCAGCAAGCAGUGGGUGGACCUAUGUUGGCGGAAGAAAAUGAACCAGCUGCUGUGUAUUCUACGAAGAGUCCCGCUGAGUUAGAUGCACCUACUUUUUCUUUAGGAUUGACACAAGAAGGUGUUGCCAUGAGGACUAAUAAGUCAACUGGGAAGCGUAAGGCAGGAGUGGGGAACCCGCAACUUCCAAGCAGACAUAGCUUGCGUGUACGUGACAGCAUCACAAAGAUCUGUGUUGAUGCUACGCCUAUAGGGCAGGGAAGAAAUAAACGACACAGGUCUGGGAAGGAAGAUGAUUGUGUUGACGUUACCAGGACAAGAGAGAUACCUACAGCUAUGCUAUUUACAGGUGAUUUUGAUCCAUUUACUCCACCUAGUAAAGUGAAGGUGCAAGCUUUUCUUAAGCAGAUGGAAAGGUCAACCUCUUAUGCUGUAGCAGGGGGCAUGGUGGUGGAUAACAUAGAAUUUCUCCAAAUUUACGAAGCCACAGCUUUUCUUGAUGAGUCGAGUGCGGAUAUGUUGGUCAAGUUCAUCCAGUUACGUCGUGAUAGGACACCUAUGCUGCGUUUUGAUUUUCUACCAUCCACCUUUGUGUCUGAGCUGUACCGGCAGUACAAUCGCUUUGUGAGAUCGCCAGACAGGAAGAUGUUUUCCUUCUCCAAUGUAUCCAUUGCUCCCUUUAUUACAAGACCGAAAUGGAUGCAUGAGGUUGAUGUUGUCUACAUCCCCAUGCAAGUUGAGAGACAGCAUUGGAUCGGUUUGGUCAUUGACUUGAAGACGUGGAAGCUUCUUGUCCUUGAUUGUAACAGAGGACGCUUGAGUGACCAGCAAAUAAGUCAGUAUCUUGAACAUCUUUCAAUUAUGCUGCCUUAUCUCUUGGCCAGACAUGGAAUCAAUGAGGCUGCCCACAAUCCAAGGCUUGACCCUAUGUCUAUCUUAAGGCCUACCAUACCGUUCCACUGUUCUGCUUUGGGUUUGGUUGGGAUUGCAUCGAUUGUUCUUCUUGAGCUGCACGCAGUGUCAUCACUGCAAACAUAUUACAGGGAACUUGACGAUGAAAAGAUCCAAAUUGCAGCAAAACAGUAUGCUAUUGAAGCAUUUGGUGCAUUUUCUCCAACUCCUAUUGCUCUGUAGACAUCUAUGUAGUAAAAUGGUGCAUUUUCU